GUUUGUUAUCAGCAAUGGUAAAACUAGCCGAAAUGGAAGCUUUGAGGUCCUAGUGGAAAUGGUGGACCGUGUCCUGCCGUCCCUGGCCUCUAACAAAGGCCUUACAAUCCCACAAGGCUCUACCAUGAUCCUUGGUCCUGAUUGCCUGUCCUUGUCAGACCCGGACACUCCACCCAGUGCCCUGACUUUUGUCCUCCGCCAGCCUCCGCAAUAUGGUAGUUUAUGUUUAACUGGCACCACAUUAACAGCUGGCUCAAACUUCACCCAGAGAGACAUAAAGGAGCUGAAGCUGACAUAUAAACACAACGGGGGUCCGUCGCAGAUUGAUCGGUUUACUUUCACGGCCUCCGACAGUUCAUGUCGGGGCUUCCUGCUGGAUGAACAGCUACAAACAGAACCUGUGGUUUUCACUAUUCAGAUCAAGCAUUUGGAAAAGUCACCUCCUGAAAUUAAGAAGCUGCUCCCACUUUGGAAAGCAAAGCUUUUAGAAGAUGGCCGAUAUGGGAUCUUCCUGUCCUCCAGAGAGCUGAAGGCUGAAGACAGUGACAGCAGUGAUGAGGAGCUAACACUUUCCAUUGUUCGUCCACCUUAUUAUGGCUACCUUGAAAACAUUACCACAGGAAGUUUUGUGUCGCAGCGCUUCUCUCAGAUGGAGCUUAACAAAAAAACUAUUGUCUACAUCAUCAACCUGGGCAGCGAGUCACUCUCAGACAGCCUGGAGUUCAGAGUCUCUGAUCCUCUGGGCAAUUCAGGGCCAGCUCACACGCUUGAAAUGAGGUGGUCCAGCGUGGAGCUUUCUCAGCCUGACAUCUCAGCAUGUGAGGAGCAGGGGACCAUCUCAAUGGACAUCAUUCGAAAGGGGAACUUAGCUGAGUCAUCAUAUGUCACUGUUAAGGUCAAAGAGGGGACUGCAACUGCCGGAAAAGAUUUCCUAAUGAACCCCUCAGCUCUCAUUCAGUUUGAUCCAGGAGUGGCAAAACAGAGGUGGCAAAUGAAGAUCAUUCAGGACCACAUCGAGGAGGCAGAUGAAAGCUGUGAGGUUGAGCUAGUCUCCCCUGAAGCCACAGUCAUUAAAGGCAUCCGCAGGGCUGCAAUCACCAUCAGAGACUCAGGACAGUGCAGGCUAAACCAGGAUUCUCAGGCUGUUCUCGGAGGAAAAGAAAUUCGACCAGACACGUACCCUCAGCACGGAUCCAUUCAGCUCGAGAAGCUUCCCCUUGGCACAGGAACUGUAGUCUGGACACGAGGAGACAGCAUCCCCACGUCCGGAGAAAGUCUCCCAAAGAAGAAGCUACGAGUUCUAAACAAUCCAAAAUCUGUGUCCCCUUCAUCAGUGUUUCACAAUGGAACAGACAUCAUUUACACAUAUCAUGGAAUUACACAAAUACAUGUAGAGGAUGACACCUCCCCAUCCAGAGAGAACAUGAAGGCGAACAUUCAGGUGGUUAGCAGGGGAGCACAGCUCCAAAAGUCUCAUCCUCCACUAAAAGUUCUGAAAGAACAAAAAUAUGGCGUUGUUAAAGAACAUGCAGCAGCUGAUAACUCAUUUCCUAAACCAUGUGCACCAAAUCUGAUGGGACUUCUGCAUUUCAACAAAACCACCAGCCAACUUUUUCACUGCAAUGGUGUGUCCUGGAAAUUGUGGAAAGCGACUGAUCAGAUGCUGGAUGCUCAGUUGUGUCCUCAGGGCUGGACCUUUAAUGGCAGACAUUGUUACAUUCUCAGUACUGAGCACAAGGUCACAUGGAGCGCUGCUAACAGGGACUGCAGAGAGAGAUACAAGGGAACUCUUGCAAGUGUUUCCUCUAAAAGUGACAUGGACUGGCUGUGGGACUUCAGUGGAAGAAAGCCCUUCUGGAUAGGUCUGAAUGACAGGGAGGGCCGAGGACGGUGGGAGUGGGCAGGUGGUGAGCCCGUAAGCUACACCAACUGGAGAAAGAUGCCUCCUCGCUCCAAAACAAAAGGCAGCAGAAAGUGUGUCCUGGUGUGGAGAAGAGCGAAGUGGCAGAUCAGAGACUGCAGGAGCAGCAGACCUCAUCACUUUGUGUGUUCUGUAAAAGUCUGAAGCGUUUCCGAGGGUUGUCUCUAGGCCAGAUGCUCAGGACUAAUGGGGGACCGGCAGGAUCUGUGGUUUGACUAUAUAUAUAAUAUAACCUGCUCCACCAAGUAAAAAAAAAACUUUGUUUACACUUCAUGUAGUUUUACCACUAAGAAGAUCAUCUGUAUGUGAAGUGAAUGACUCUGAUAGUUUUUAGUGUUUUGUGUAUCUCAGAGGGACUUCUGUUGGAUAAUUCCAAUGAAACAAAUUAAUUUGUUUCCAGAGAUUCUGCAUCAGAAGAUCCAGCGCCCUUUGAACUUUUUCAUUUUACAUUAUUUUAUUAUUUUAAUUUAUAUUUUCUUUACACGGUACAUGUUUCUAAGCGUUAUCA